AAAUAAUUGAGAGACAGGUACAGUAAACAGGACGGCGUGUUUUAAAAGAUGAGGUAAUGUAGCAGCCACUUUCUAAUAGAAGAAACUGCCCAGAAGAGCGGGAAGAAGAUAUACUAUAAGGGCUAAACAAGGCUGGAUGGGUGCUCAGUACUCUAAGCAGGUUGAGCGGCGAAAAUCUAUUCACGCCGGGAGGAAAUACUUAGAAGAUCUCCAGACCAAGGACGGCAAUGAGUUCCCCGGUUCCGAUUACCGUCCACCUGAUCGGAAAACAUGGAUGGCUGAUCUCGACCCGCAUAAAGUUCGGGUCAACCAGAUCGUCUGGCCCGGGACCCACGAUUCUGCCACAAACAAGAUCGGUAUUCCCAUGGUUUCCCGCCCCUUCGCCCAAUGCCAAUCUCUGUCAAUCUACCGCCAGCUGGUAGCCGGCGCCAGGGUUCUCGACAUCCGGGUUCAGGAGGACCGGAAAGUCUGCCACGGGAUCCUCACCACCUACGGCGUCGACGUCGUCCUCCGCGACGUCAAAAAAUUUCUCUCGGAAACCCAAUCCGAGAUCGUAAUCCUGGAGAUCCGAACAGAGUUCGGGCACAACGACCCGCCGGAAUUCGACAAGUACCUGGAAGAAGAGCUCGGGGAGUAUCUAAUCCACCAGGACGACCGCGUAUUCGGCAAGACAAUCGCAGAGUUGUCCCCGAAGAGAUUGAUAUGCGUCUGGAAGCCCAGGAAAACUUCCCAGCCGAAAGCAGGGGGUCCGCUGUGGAGCUCCGGUUACCUGAAAGAUAACUGGAUCGACACGGACUUGCCGGAGAAGAAAUUCGAGAGCAACAUAAAGCAUUUGAGCGAGCAGCCGGCGGUGGGGUCCCGGAAAUUCUUCUACAGGGUGGAGAACACGGUGACGCCUCAGGCGGACAAUCCGGUGCUGUGCGUUAAACCGGUGACGAACCGGAUUCAUCCGUACGGAAGACUUUUCAUAAAGCGAUGUGUAUCGGAAGGGCAUGCCGAUAAGUUGCAGAUAUUUUCGACGGAUUUCAUUGACGACGAUUUUGUGGACGCCUGUGUUGGGCUUACCAGCGCAAGAGUCCAAGGAAAAGUCUGAUCAUCGAUCGGCCGUACAUAGUAAUAGUAUAUACUCCGUAUUGGAUAAUCUUGGGUGUAUUACUGUAUUUGAGUGGAUAAAAAAUUUACACUCUUCUUUAUUUAAGUUUACUUUGUUUAUGGUGGAAAUAAUCUGGUCUGAUGUCUUGUCUCUUUUAUGCAUGAUUGGUGUGUUGAAGUUGGCUUCAUAUUGAAUUCACUAAUAAAAAGAGGAGAAUGCAACUUUCUUUGUGUAACUUUUGGGUGUGUUCCUUUUAGUUCUUUAAUUUUAGUUAGUUGGAGAUUUGGUUGUGUAAUUAAUCAAUUUUUGACAGACUCGAUGUAGA